GCAAAAUGGCCGACGAUAUCCAUACAAAGAUUGCAAAUUACAAGACCGCACCAUUUGAUGCCCGUUUUCCUAACCAGAACCAGACCAAACAUUGUUUCCAGAACUACCUGGAUUUCCAUCGAUGUGAGAAGUCUUUAAGCAGUAAAGGACAAGAUCCCUACCCAUGCCAGUGGUAUUUCCGUGUAUACAAGUCCAUGUGCCCCAACUCUUGGGUGGAGAAGUGGGACGACCAGAGAGAAGCGGGCAUAUUCCCGUGCAAAAUCUGAAGGGGUCUACGUUGACCUUGUGAACU